AUGAGCAAGAAAUUCAAACAUUCGGACAUAUUUCCUAGCAACCCCAUGCUCAUGUGCAUUUGCGGAUCUUCGGUUUGUAGAAAGACUUACCUCACUUUUAAUAUGUUGACAACACCGAACCUUUUAGAUUUCGAGUCUCUGUAUAUUUACACGACCACUCCCGAACAAUCCUAUUAUCAGUUUCUCAAAGCUUUGGAAUACGUCUCGAAAAAAGAAGUUCAAGACAUUUUUCACUACUACGAAAGCAACGAAGACUUGCAAGAGAACGCGGAAAUAAAAGACAUUUUAGACGGCUUUAUCAAAGAAAAGAAUCCUUCUCUGAAACCGACCGACGUCAAAGUAUUUCUGACUAAAAACGACAACGAUUUAAACUUGUCUAAAAUCGACAACCACCGAAAGAACUUGAUUGUCUUUGACGACUGCGUGGCACAAAAAAGUCAAACCGUUCAACAAGAAUUCUUCACGAAAGGAAGACAUCAAAACUGUCACUGCAUAUACCAAUCCCAAUCUUUCUACGGAAUGGACGCCAUGUUUAUCAGAAAGAACGCAAUUUUAUUAUUCGAAUUAAACGACAAAGAUUUAUCUCAAAUCAUUCAGUCGAUAAAUCACGGAAUGGACAGAGAUACAUUUAAAAAGAUUACAACAACUCGGAUUAACGGAAAAUCUACAAAGUCUAAUUCAACCAAUAUUAAAUCUCAAGAGGAUAUUAAAAAGAAAUUAGAACCCACACCUCAUAUAGAACCUCAUCACCCCAAACCGAUUAAAUAUGGUGGUAUUAAGACAUUAGAUGAUAUAAAACGUCUUUUUUCAAAUCCUGACCCAGAUUUACCAAAGAGCAUUUCACCAAUCAUUGAUGAAGUGGGGUUAUUGUUUAAUGGUUUUAGAAUAAGAUUUAGUGGAAAUUCACCACAAUUUAAAAUCGACACAAAAGACUUUAUAUUUACAUUAACAAAAGGGUUAAUAGAUUUAAUGAAUGGCGAGGAUGUUGAAAUUGCCGAUUACAAGGAUUUAGUAGCAUACUCAAAAUUUCUACUUGCUAUCAGAAAGUCAGGACCCGAAACAAGAACAUUGAAAGAAGUUGAUUUAUACAUAACAAAAGUUAUUGAGGAAGAGGAUGUAGAUGAUUAUGCAAAAGAUUAUCCAAUCAUACAAGAAAUAGACGAAUUCGAUGAUAUGGUGGCAUCUGGACAAGGUAUAACGUUUUUAUCCGACAACAACGAGGAACUAGUUAAUAGAUUACGAGUAAUAUUAGCGGCCAUGAAGGAAGGCCAUCGAUCGGACAGACAAUACAAUGAAGUCAAUGGCAUAUUAAAACGACUUUUGGAGAAAAAAAAUCAUCACUAA